CUUUCUGACACCGUCGAAGACGAAGUAAAAAAAGCUUUUCGAAGGCUAAAAGACAACUCACGUCAAAAGGGUCUAAUACUUCAAAUAUAUAUAUACAAAAGAAACAGUAAUUGCAGACAAUUAGUCCUUGGAAAGUGGAACAUUUUCACGCAACGGUUCGUCUAGAGAUUGGCGUGGCCUUGAACAAACCCCCUAAGACCUCCUUACGAUUCACCCACACAGAUUUCAGUAAGGACCCAGUAGCAUUAUCGUCUUCGUUAGUUACCCAGUGUUUUGGGGAAUCGUGGGUGCUACCGCUUUCUUUGGGUUAGCAUAGUCAUUGAGUUUAAUGGGUCGGUAUGAAACUUGGUUUUUUUUGUAGCCCCGUUGACAAUUUAGCGGAUUCACUCUUUCUAAUCAUUUGGUUUCUUGAGUUUCUUGGAUUGGUUUGAUGUGAUUAAUGGUUGAGAAUUCGUUCAGAUGUUUCUGUAGUUCAGCAGUCGUUUCUGGCAUCUGCUUAUCUUUUUGUUAGUACUGAAUUUUGUUUCUGUGCAAUCUGAAAUUUGAAUGCUUGCUGUUCACUUUUGAGUGACUCUGGUAUCGCUGUGAUGGCUGUUGUAAUAUUUGGAGUGGAUCUGUAUUUUCCUUUAGUUGAUCUUCUUUUGCCUGUGUAAUAUGUCAACUUAGUUUUUUGCCUCAGCUGGUAAAGCUAAAAUUUUGUGGACCAAUGCAUUUUUGGAUAUUCUAGAUUGAGAUUAGAAUAGAUUUGAAAAUUGAUGUAUGCUAGGCAUAUAGAUGCCUUGUUAUCCUAGAUUAUAACUUUUUUGGCUUCCAGAGUUAUUCAGCUUAAAUAUUUGUACUUCUUCAUUUCUAUUAUUCUUUUUAUAAUUACUGAUAAUUGAAGAGUCUUGUUGCCUGCGCUUUUGGAAGGCAGGGGAAUUUCUAAUAUUUAUUUGUUUGAUGGAGGCUUUCUUAUAUUGAAACAACUUUUGUAUUUUGUUGCCAAUUUUAAAGCUUCUGGUUUUUUAAACUUGUUUCUAGUCCCCUUUUUAUUUAAUGCUCUUUCUACAUAUGCAAGAUACUGCAACUUUAUUCUAAUAUUUUGUUUUUUUGGUAUCUCAAUCCUUCUACUAUCAGACAUCUAAAAAAAUAGAUGAGAAGAUGUUAUACAUUAACUUAUAUUGUACAUUUCUCUUGUUUGGUCCCUUCUGAAGUUCUGUGUAGGAUCCCCUAGAUGCCUAACUGCAGUAUGUAUCUGAUGUUGUGAAUACUCAAACUUGACUGUACUUUUUCAUUUUACUGUUAUUCAGUAUAAAACGGGAAAAAAAAUUACACUUCGAAUGCAUCUUAAUGUGAAUUUGAUUUGGUUCAUUGAUUUGAAGUCCCUUAGUUUCCCAAAAAUUCUUAAGAACUGCCUUUUCCAUUCUCUGUCCUGUCCCCAUGGACGAAGUUGUGUCAGCCAUAGAUCCAAUUCACUGAUAUAAACUAGCUAUCCCAACGAUUGGAUUUCAAAAUCUGAAUGCUGAGAAUUAUAUCAUAGGCAUUACUUAUGUGACUCCUUUGCUGAGUUACCCCUUACAUCUCACUCACUUCACUCCGUCCCUUCUUCUGUUACAACUAUUAGUUACAAGAAUUACAAACAAUUAAUUAGUACACAAAUAACCCCCCUGUCAUGCCCUUUUCGCUUCUCUUUUUUGAUGUACACUUGAGUAUUGGAUGCCCAUCACUUGCUCAGGUUUUCCUUGCCUUAGUUAUUGUUUUUUGUUUUUUCAAUCGUUUAAAUGGAGUUGAACUAUUUGAGCAACAUCAUAUGAUAUAUUUUUUGUAGAGCUUUGUCUCAUGAAAUGUUCCCAUUGGUGUAUUUGUUUCACAUUGUCUGUAUGGUGUGGACCUAUUUGAGCUACAUGGGUUUAUACAAUCUGUGUUAUAUUUAAAAGCAUUUUGUGGUCACAUGACAAAUUUUAACUAUGAAAAAGAAAUUCAAACAAAGGUGAGUAUGCAAAGGCAUUUCAAUUCAAAAGAAUUAUAUUCAAGGUAUAAUCACAAAAACCAUUAUCGGGUGCUAUGCUGGAAGCAUGAAAGCAAUUCUUUAAAAAUUUGAAAAAGAUACCUCUCCCGCAAAAGGUUCUUCAAAAGAUGCCGCUGAGGACCAAUUAAGAUUUGAUGGAUAAACUCAUAAAUUGAUGGGUUGGUAUUCUUAGUUGCACAGGAAGACAAUCAAUCCACUCUUCUUGCAUUUCUGAUUCAGGACAUGUGAGAAAUCAAGUGGUCAUCCUUUAGAGGAAGCUAUUAAACCAAGUGGUUCUCCAUCUGUUCAUGGGAUUUGUUUAAUCUGUGUACGGGUUCACCAGACAGCUGAUAACUCCACUUUUUGUGUGCGUUGUGGAGCUUGGUUCAUCAUAAGGUUCUACCACAUUAGGUUGCUAUAUUGAUUGGUAAUAUAUAAACAAGAAGAGGGCUUCCAUGGCUACUGAGGGCAGUCCCAGGACUGAUAUCUCAACAGAUGGGGACACAGAUGAAAAAAGCCGGAGGCCUGAUAGAGGCCAACUUGCUCUUACUAUGGCUUCUGAUUCUAGUGACAGAUCAAAGGAUAAAACUGAUCAGAAGACUCUUCGCCGGCUAGCACAAAAUCGUGAGGCUGCAAGGAAAAGCCGAUUGAGAAAAAAAGCGUACGUUCAACAGCUAGAGAGCAGUCGAUUAAAGUUGACACAACUUGAGCAGGAGCUUCAGCGAGCACGACAGCAGGGAAUUUUCAUAUCAAGCUCCGGUGACCACACCCAUUCAAUGAGUGGAAAUGGGGCCAUGGCAUUUGAUGUAGAAUAUGCUCGAUGGCUUGAAGAUCACAACCGUCAACUGAACGAAUUGAGAUCGGCUGUUAAUUCUCAUGCAAGUGACCCGGAACUGCGUAUUAUUGUCGACGGCAUCUUGGUUCAUUAUGAUGAGCUCUUUAAGCUCAAGGGAAAUGCAGCAAAGGCUGACGUUUUCCAUUUAUUAUCAGGCAUGUGGAAAACACCUGCAGAAAGAUGUUUUCUAUGGCUCGGGGGUUUUCGUUCAUCUGAGCUUCUAAAGCUUCUUGUAAAUCAACUGGAGCCUCUAACAGAGCAGCAGUUGGUGGGAAUCACAAACUUGCAGCAAUCAUCGCAGCAGGCAGAAGAUGCAUUAUCACAAGGGAUGGAGGCCUUGCAACAGUCCCUGGCAGAGACAUUAUCGAGUGGAGCUCUCGGCUCCUCCGGUUCGUCAGGGAACGUCGCAAACUACAUGGGUCAAAUGGCCAUGGCCAUGGGUAAACUUGGGACUCUCGAGGGCUUUAUACGCCAAGCCGACAAUUUGCGACAACAGACACUUCAACAAAUGCACCGAAUAUUGACAACUCGUCAGUCUGCUCGUGCGCUUCUUGCCAUACAUGACUACUUAUCAAGACUACGAGCUCUUAGUUCGCUCUGGCUUGCUCGUCCAAGAGAGUAAGAGAGCUUCUUUGUUUAGUUUAACCAAAGCUAGGUCAUGGUGACACUGCAGAGACAUCAAAGGAGCAGUUAAGGUAACACCUUUUUUUAAUUCAUUGGCAAUGCCCCCCCUUCUUAGAAUUGAGAUGAUCUGUCACAAAGAAUAAUUUGCUUGUAAUUUGGUAUUUUAGGUGUUCUUGUUACAUCUGUAUAAAUAUCAACACAAACUAACUCAACUUCCAUUGUUUCUCAAGUAAAUUAAUAAUAGUCCUAUAAAAAACAAACCUACCAAACUA